AUGUCCAUUUUGGAAGAGGUAAACUUAAAUCUAAUGUAAUUUGUCGCUUAACUGGAAUAAAGACGUGAUAUUUCCAUGGCUGUACGUUUGGGAAGAAAGUAAGUGUUGUUUUCUAACGAUUUGAACGAUUUCCGUGCUGUAAAAGAACAUUUUAGACUGAUAUUUCGAACAUUUUAGACUGAUAUUAAGCGUUUGUUGUUGUUGCGUGUAUUAAUUAAUAUUUAACAAAGUUCGAAGACGAAGUGUCAUGGCCGAACAGUCAGAGAUAGAAGAGCUUCAGUUGGCUCUAGAGUCCGAAAUAUUCGGACUGACUAAAGAAUAACUUAUUAAAGUUGCAAAACAUGUUAAUGUUAAUAUCGAACGACUUAGAAAACUUCAAAUUUCGAAAAGAAUACGAGAAAAAUCGAGGCGGACAUAAACAAAGCAGAGGAUAAAAAGACUUUACUGGAAGAAUUGAACAAUGUAGUUGGUCUGGAACCACCACCGUUAGAGAAUCCACAGGAUAAUACUACUGUAAAUCAAGUUGAAAACAAGGGACAACAGGAAGAAGCUCAAGAAACUCAGCCUGAGCCUAAAGCAAAGAAGGCUGAAACUAAGGCUAGUGUGGACAUAGCCAAAGCAUUUAAACGUGACUUUAAAAUUUUUGGAACCAUCAGAGAUGAAAGCCACAAAGAUGGAUUGUCCUUUGUCAGUCUUGGUCGACAAAUUGACACUGGCAUAGAAUCUGGAAACAAGGAAACUGAAAUAAUUGAAGCAGUGAUACGUGCAGUGAGCCCUAGUUUAAAAUUGCGCUCACACCUAGAAAUUAUGAGUGAGUUGUCCUUGUCCCCUUUGAAGCAAAUUUUAAGGGCACAUUGCAAGGAAAAGUCUGCAACAGAAAUUUACAAGGAACUUGCACAAUUUGUGCCAAGGUCCCAAAGAAUCUGCCCAAGAUUUCCAGAUUCGAGCUAUGAAUUUACGCCAACAAGUCAUAUUCUCAUCACAAACAGUAGAUAUGUAAAGUAUGAACCAUCACUGGUUCAAUCAUUGUUCAUUCAUGUUGUCGAGACUGGGUUGCAACAAGAAUCCAUUCGAGCCAAAUUACGCCACCUCCUUGAGAAACUAAGUGUCAAUGAUGAGGAACUGAUGGACAGAGUCAAUCUAGCUGUUUCGGUUGAGACAGAACGACAAAAUAAAAUGUAG